AUGCGAUCUCUUACUGUCGAUUCUCUCAACCCUGCCGUUCGCAACGUGCAGUAUGCCGUGCGCGGCGAGCUGGCAAUAAAGGCAGAGGAAUAUCGUGUCGUGCUUAAGGAGAAGGGUCAGGACAGCGGUCUGCCAUUUGAUCGAGUUAUCUCUUCGAACAUCGGAAACCCCCAACAGAAGGGGCUUGACCAACCUCCCAUUACCUUUAAUCGGCAGGUUGCUGCACUCAUGGAGUGGCCACAGCUGAGCCAACUUGCGCCCAAUGCGUUUCCACAAGAUGUCAUUGCCCGUGCGAAGGAAUUGUACGACGAAAUUGGCUCCAUCGGUGCAUAUUCGCAUUCCCAGGGUGUCCCUCUCAUUCGUCAGAAUGUCGCGAAAUUUAUUCAGGAACGCGACGGCCAUCCAUCCUCACCAGACAACAUCUUUCUGACGGGCGGCGCUUCUGCGGGCGUUUCGCUUCUGAUUUCUUUGCUUAUCUCGGAACAGCACAAAUCUGGUAUCCUCAUCCCGAUCCCGCAGUACCCUUUAUAUACAGCGACACUGGCGCAAUUUUCGGGCGUGCCGAUUCCGUAUCAUCUUGAUGAGGCACAUGAGUGGUCGACGUCAAUUGACGAAAUCAAGGCUGCACUCAAAAAGGCAAAAGAAGAUGGCGUUGACCCCAAAGCACUUGUUAUCAUUAACCCUGGAAAUCCAACGGGCGCAUUGUUGAAGGACGAGACACAGAGGGAGGUGGUGAAUUUAUGCGCAGAGCAUGGACUUGUGCUCCUCGCGGAUGAAGUCUACCAGAGUAACCUGCACCGUGCAGCCGAAUAUCCAUUCACGUCAUUCAAGAAGGUUGUCUGCGACCUGGGCUCGCCAGUUCCACUGGUAUCCUUCCAUAGCAUCAGCAAAGGUGUAACAGGGGAAUGUGGGCGGCGUGGUGGUUACUUCGAGUGCCAUAACAUCCCUGAUGACGUGCGCGCAAUGAUGUACAAAAUGGUGAGCGUUGGCCUUUGCCCUCCGCUCCAGGGGCAAAUUGGUGUGGACUCCCUUGUGCGACCCCCCAAGGAAGGCGACGAAAGCUACGCGUUGUGGAGAGAGGAGACAACGCGAAUCCACAAGGUACUUGCGCAGCGCACCAAGCUCAUGGCAGGACGCCUAAACAACCUACCUGGUGUCUCAUGCGUUGAUUCCCCUGGAGCUUUAUACCUUUACCCCAAGAUCACGCUCUCAGAAAAAGCGAUAGCUGCCGCACAGACUGCUGGCAAGGAACCAGAUGCAUUCUAUGCACUUGCGCUUCUGGAUGCAACGGGCAUCUGCGUCGUGCCAGGCAGUGGAUUUGGGCAGAAGGAAGGAGAGUACCAUUACCGCCUUACCUGCUUGUGUCCUGGCGUGGACGAAUAUGUCGGGAAGUUAGAGGAGUUCCACCGCGAAUUUUGCGCGAAGUACCAGUGA